GAUCUUGCAUUCAAACCAGAUGGGACUCAAUUGAUAAUUGCUGCUGGAAAUAGGCUGCUGGUGUAUGAUACUUCUGAUGGAACCUUAAUUCAGCCUUUGAAAGGACAUAAGGACACUGUAUACUGUGUGGCUUAUGCUAAAGAUGGCAAACGCUUUGCAUCUGGCUCGGCUGAUAAAAGUGUGAUAAUUUGGACUUCAAAGUUAGAAGGAAUUCUGAAAUACACGUAAGUGAUGCCUUUCAAUUCAAAAGGGACUUUGAUUAUGCACUUCUGCUAUCAAAGAGUACGUGCUGUUAGAUUUGGAAGAAGGUUGACUAAGGUCAGAGAAAAUGCCAAGGGGCAUAAUGACUCUAUACAGUGCGUUUCAUACAAUCCUCUUACACAUCAGUUGGCAUCCUGCUCUUCCAGCGACUUUGGCUUGUGGUCUCCUGAACAGAAGUCAGUCUCUAAGCAUAAAACUAGCAGUAAGAUUACUUGCUGUAGCUGGACAAAUGAUGGCCAGUACCUUGCUUUGGGGAUGUUCAAUGGCAUUGUCAGCAUACGGAAUAAGAAUGGUGACGAGAAAGUAAAAAUAGAGCGUACAGGGGGUGCUUCAUCUCCAAUAUGGUCGAUUUGUUGGAAUCCAUCCAGAGAUGAACGUAAUGAUAUUUUAGCUGUGGCAGACUGGGGUCAGAAACUUUCCUUUUACCAGCUUAGUGGCAAACAGAUUGGGAAGGACAGAGUGCUCAACUUUGAUCCUUGCUGUGUUAGCUAUUUUACUAAAGGAGAGUAUAUUUUACUGGGAGGUUCAGAUAAACAAGUUUCCCUCUUCACGAAGGAUGGUGUGCGUCUUGGUACCAUAGGAGAGCAAAGCAGUUGGGUGUGGACAUGCAAAGUUAAACCAGACUCCAACUAUGUGGUGAUAGGAUGCCAAGAUGGAACAAUAUCCUUCUAUCAGUUGAUUUUCAGCACUGUUCAUGGCCUUUAUAAAGAUCGCUAUGCUUACAGAGACAGCAUGACUGAUGUUAUUGUCCAACACCUCAUCACUGAGCAAAAAGUUAGAAUAAAAGGCAGAGAACUUGUAAAGAAAAUUGCCAUCUACAAAAACAGAUUAGCAAUCCAGAUGCCAGAGAAAAUCUUGAUUUAUGAGUUAUACUCGGAUGAUUCUUCAGAUAUGUAUUAUCGGGUGAAAGAAAAGAUAGUAAAAAAAUUUGAAUGCAACUUGCUGGUUGUAUGUUCAGAUCACAUUAUUUUAUGCCAGGAGAAAAGACUACAGUGCCUCUCAUUUAGUGGCAUUAAAGAACGAGAAUGGCUAAUGGAAUCUCUUAUUCGUUAUAUUAAAGUAAUUGGAGGACCUCCAGGAAGAGAAGGCCUCUUAGUUGGUCUAAAGAAUGGUCAGAUUCUGAAGAUAUUUGUUGAUAAUGUCUUCGCAAUCGUCCUGUUGAAGCAGUCCACAGCUGUGCGCUGUCUGGAUAUGAGUGCAUCUCGAAACAAGCUGGCAGUGGUUGAUGAAAAUGAUACCUGCCUAGUAUAUGAUAUUCAUACCAAAGAGUUGUUGUUUCAGGAACCCAAUGCUAAUAGCGUGGCCUGGAAUACACAGUGUGAGGAUAUGCUUUGCUUUUCUGGAGGGGGUUACCUCAAUAUCAAAGCUAGUAACUUCCCUGUCCAUCAGCAAAAACUUCAAGGCUUUGUUGUGGGUUACAACGGCUCCAAGAUCUUCUGUCUUCAUGUUUUUUCUAUGUCAGCUGUUGAAGUUCCGCAGUCUGCACCCAUGUAUCAAUAUCUGGAACGAAAAAUGUUUAAAGAAGCCUAUCAGAUUGCAUGUUUAGGAGUAACUGAUACUGACUGGAAAGAACUGGCCAUGGAAGCCUUAGAAGGGCUGGAGUUUGAGACUGCUAAAAAGGCAUUUACCAGGGUACGAGACCUUAGAUAUUUAGAACUGAUCAGCAGCAUAGAGGAACGGAAGAAGCAUGGAGAGAACAACAAUGAACUGUUCCUAGCAGAUGUUUAUGCCUACCAGGGAAAAUUCCAUGAGGCAGCAAAGUUGUACAAAAAGAGUGGCCAUGAAAACCUAGCUCUUGAUAUGUACUCUGAUUUACGCAUGUUUGACUAUGCAAAGGAUUUUCUGGGAUCUGGAGACCCCAAAGACACAAAGAUGCUAAUAAAAAAACAAGCGGAUUGGGCCAAGAAUAUCAAUGAACCAAAAGCAGCAGUGGAGAUGUACCUCUCUGCAGGCGAGCACAUGAAGGCCAUAGAAAUCAGUGGGGACCAUGGCUGGGUUGACAUGUUAAUUGAAAUAGCUCGAAAACUGGAUAAAGCUGAGCGUGAGCCUUUGUCAAAAUGUGCCUUCUAUUUUAAGAAACUUGAUAACCCUGGCUAUGCAGCAGAAACCUACAUGAAGGUUGGUGACCUGAAAGCAUUGGUCCAUCUCCACGUGGAGACUCAUCGCUGGGAAGAAGCAUUUGCUUUGAGUGAAAAGCAUCCUGAAUUCAAAGAUGAUGUUUAUGUCCCUUACGCUCAGUGGCUAGCAGAGAAUGAUAGAUUUGAAGAAGCCCAAAAAGCGUUUCACAAGGCUGGCAGGCAGAGUGAAGCUGUAAGAGUGCUGGAGCAGCUAACGCACAAUGCUGUGGUUGAAAGCCGAUUUAACGAUGCAGCCUAUUAUUAUUGGAUGCUUUCCAUGCAGUGUUUAGAUAUAGCCCAAGAGAAUGAACAACAGAAGACUGAAAUGUUACAGAAGUUUCAUCACUUCCAACGUUUGGCAGAAAUUUACCAUGUCUAUCACUCUAUUCAAAGAUACACUGAGGAGCCUUUCAGUUUCCACUUGCCUGAAACCCUCUUCAAUAUUUCCAGGUUUCUGCUUCACAGCUUAACAAAGGAGACUCCUUUGGGGAUCUCAAAAGUCAAUACAUUAUUUGCCCUGGCAAAACAGAGUAAAGCUCUUGGUGCAUAUAAACUGGCUCGUCACGCCUAUGACAAGUUACAGGGACUGCAGAUCCCAGCUAGGUUCCAGAAAUCAAUUGAGCUGGGCAGCCUGACAAUCCGAUCCAAGCCAUUCCAUGACAGUGAAGAGCUUGUGCCCUUGUGCUAUAGGUGCUCUACCAACAACCCUUUGCUAAAUAACUUGGGGAACGUCUGCAUUAACUGCAGACAGCCUUUCGUCUUCUCCGCGUCCUCCUAUGAGGUACUGCAUCUUGUCGAGUUCUAUUUGGAAGAUGGCAUCACGGAUGAAGAAGCUGUAGCUCUCAUUGAUCUUGAAGCUCCAAGAUUGAAUCAAAGAGAGAAUAAGUGGCAAGAGAUGAUGAGUGACAAUGCACAGAGUUUGAGGCUUGAUGACAAUACAGAUAUUAUUGAAGAUGAUGAUCCCUUUACAGCAAAACUGAGCUUUGAGCAAGGAGGCUCAGAAUUUGUUCCAGUGAUUGUGAAUCGUGCUGUUCUCCAGUCAAUGAGCCGGAGGGACGUCCUGAUUAAACGCUGGCCGAAGCCAUUGCGGUGGCAGUACUACCGUUCCCUGCUACCAGAUGCCUCCAUUACCAUGUGUCCGUCAUGUUUUCAGAUGUUUCACACAGAAGACUAUGAGCUUCUCGUACUCCAGCAUAAUUGUUGUCCAUUUUGUCGACGGAGAAUAGAUGAGUCAAACCAAUGAAGAAAAAGUGUCUUAUACCUCAACUGA